CUGAUACAAACUGUUAGUGCUGUGGAUAAAGAUGAACCACCACGUGGACACAAAUUUUUUUUUGAACUAGUGCCAGAGUACACAGUCCAUCCAAACUUCUCUAUUGUGGAUAAUAAAGAUAACACAGCAGGCGUUGUAACCAGACGGAAUGGAUAUAGCCGCAAUAAAAUGAGCACCUAUCUCUUGCCAGUAAUAAUAUUUGACAAUGACUACCCCAUCCAGAGCAGUACAGGCACACUGAGCAUCAAAGUGUGUGCCUGUGACAGCAGGGGAAAUAUGCAGUCUUGUAAUGCUGAAGCUUUGCUCCUUCCGGCAGGCCUUAGCACAGGUGCACUCAUUGCCAUUCUGCUGUGCAUUAUUAUUCUGUUGAUUUUGGUUGUGUUGUUUGCUGCAAUGAAGCACCAGAGGAAAAAAGAGCCCUUGAUCAUUUCAAAAGAUGAUGUCCGAGACAACAUUGUCACCUAUAAUGAUGAAGGAGGUGGGGAGGAAGAUACCCAAGCCUUUGAUAUUGGCACUCUAAGGAACCCUGAAGCCAGAGAAGAAAGCAAAAUGAGAAGAGAUGUGAUGCCAGAAACUAUUUUCCAGAUAAGGAGGACAGCAUCUUUGUGGGAAAACAUUGAUAUCCAAGAUUUUAUCCAUCGGAGACUAAAGGAAAAUGACUUGGAUCCAACUGCACCCCCUUAUGACUCUUUAGCAACAUAUGCCUAUGAGGGUAAUGAUUCUAUAGCAAAUUCACUUAGUUCUUUGGAAUCACUUACCGCAGAUGGUGGAAAUCAAGACUAUGACUAUCUGAGUGACUGGGGGCCACGAUUUAAAAAAUUAGCAGAUAUGUAUGGUGGAGAUGAGAGUGACCAGGACUAA